UUUUUUCCCAUUUUUUCCUUCUACCCCUCAUUGUGCCACUUGAGCCUGGAGUAGAUAGAAAGACUGUAGUGGAGUGAAAGUUAGCAAGCAACUGAGAGAAAGACAGAAAGAGAGAGCCCGGAGGAAGUCAUGCAGAGUGUGAGGCAGCCCAGCGGCAAUGCUUGAUGAACUGAACUGCUGACCAGAAACUCUUUCUUCACUUUGACUGAACCUCACAGGGAUCAAGAAAUCAGACGAGAGAUUCCUGAUCUGAAGAGAUCAACUCGUUGUCCUCACUGAGGGGCAGAAAAACCAGGCAAGGACGUGGAGAGGAAAAAGAGAGUGUUAGAGACAAGGAGACAGAGGAGAGUUCUACAAAUGCAAAUUGGAGCAGAAGAGCACAAGGAGAUGCUCAGAGGGACCAGAUAGUGGCAAGAAAAGCAAGACAAGUAGCAAGUGUGCCCACAGAGACCACGCAAAGAAAGGGCGACGCAUUAGGAGGAGUUAGAAGCUGUUGCAAGUCAAGCAGGGAGAGAAAGAACAAAUCAAGACAGAAAACAGAGAGACAGUGUUAGAGAAGGAUGGCUAACUCAGGUCUACAGUUGUUGGGUUACUUUCUGGCGUUGGGUGGCUGGAUUGGCAUCAUCUCCACAACUGCCUUGCCCCAGUGGAAGCAGUCAUCGUACGCCGGCGAUGCCAUCAUCACGGCCGUGGGUCUGUACGAGGGGCUGUGGAUGAGCUGUGCCUCACAGAGUACGGGACAGGUGCAGUGCAAGAUCUUUGACUCCAUGCUCUCGCUGGACAUCCACAUCCAGACAUGCCGGGCCCUUAUGGUGGUGUCAGUACUGCUGGGCUUUAUUGGGAUCAUCGUCAGCGUGGUGGGCAUGAAGUGUACCAAGGUGGGAGAUAACAACCCAGCCACCAAGACCCGCAUCGCUAUGACCGGAGGAGCACUCUUUCUGCUUGCAGGUUUAUGCACACUGGUUUCUGUGUCCUGGUAUGCCACUCAGGUGUCCUAUCAGUUCUUUAACCCAAAUACACCACCCAAUGCCAGGUAUGAGUUUGGCUCAGCCUUGUUUGUCGGAUGGGCAGCAGCCAGUCUGACUGUUCUGGGUGGCUCUCUGCUGUGCUGCUCCUGCUCCAAAGAAGAUAUGCGAGGACAGCAAUAUUACCGCCAAUCACAGCCUUCCACAGCAAGGGAGGCAGAGUUGUUGAGUGAAACUAGUUUCCCUGACUGAUCAGCCCCCGCCUUUUUAUCGAGGACUUUCCGACUGUCCCACCACUGUCUCCCCAUCCCCCCUUCAUUUCCUGUUACCUCUUUACCUCCCAAUUUGGACCUCUUGUAGAUGAUUUCCUUUUACUCAAUAAUACAUCUGCACCUUAUCACUUUUAAUGGGAACCAAGGUGUACUGUCUUCUUCCGACCCCCUCUCCGUCUCUGAGCCUUCUCUGUAAAUAUGGACUCAUGUGGUCAGAUGUUUUCUUUAAGAAAUAAGAUAUCAACCCUCUGCUACACCUCCUGUUCCCCCUUCUGUCCAAAUAUUGGUGCAAAGUUAACAAUAAACUGAAACAUACUGUUGUGCUGAUUCGUAGUUUCACUUAUAGCCUAUGACCUCUGUUUUGGUAAAUGUGAGGUUUUUUUCUUGUCGCUGUGACUGUACUUUGACUGAAACAUGUCUUUUUUCCCUUUUGAAUUGCAGACCAAAUGUUAAAAGUACCCCACCAGAGAAAAGGGAGCAGUACUUGUAGUUUGGGAGAGUCUUCUGGCCCUACCAUGGUUUAAAUUCUGUCAACAGACAAAACCCUUUCACUGAGAAAUUCAAAACAGACAAGAAUGAAUUUAUGAACAGCAAACACUCAAGCAUAUUGCAACAACAUAUAUUAAUCUUUGUUGAGAUUAAUGAAAUUGUUUGGGGAAACGUUUUAUGAAUUAGAUGUACUUAGGGGGGUUUGACAUCCUCAUCUGUGUUGUUGACAUUGGGAGAGACAGUCAUUCAGGGUAUGUUUUCUAUAACAUGUUAAAAAACCCAGGUGUAUAUACCACCAACUUUACUCCUUUUUUUUUUUUUUACUACAUAUAAUGUUUUACUACAGUGCCUUAUAACACACGUUUGCACACAUGUAUGUGAAUUCUGUUUUCCAUCCCAUCUGAGGGAUGUGUGUCCACAGUUCCUCUGCAAGGACUUAUGUUUCCCUUUGUUUCUAUUGUUGGAGUUCAAAAAACGAAUGUGAAGCUACUCUACAGUACCACUUAUGAACAAAAAGGACAUAUACAUGAUAGAUCUGCCACGUGUUGCCUUAUGCCACUGUAAACUCUGUGCCUGUUUCCAAGUAGUGUGGAUUGAGGAUAUACCAAGUGCACCCAUUGUGUAUCGUCAGGUGCCAAUAUGAUUUUGUGUGAAUGGAAGAGUCAUCGUAUUAUUGACUCUUAAGGACGUACUGUAUUGUGUGCUGUCUCCUGUACUAAGGAAUGCCAGUUUGCUGAGAGUUAAAAUGCCUGCAUUUAUUUACCAUGCCAUUCUUUUUCUCUAAUAUUUACCUCCUUCAUGCCGUGUAUCAUCUCAUUUACCUGUAUACCUGUCUGUUUCCUUUAGAAUGAAGUAAACAGAGAUGGAAAAAUG